AUGCCUUUGAUCAAAAGUGGAGCGAAAGCUCUUGGAAACAUUGCCCUGAAAAGUGGGACAGACUUUGUGGGCGAUGUCCUGGCAGGUAGAAACGUGAAAUCAGCAGCAAAAGCACGAUCCAUACAGGCCGCCAACAUUGCAAAAAGAAAAGCUAUCGAUACACUAAGGAGUCAAACGGGGAGCGGAAAACGGAAGCGCUUAAGAAGUGUAAAGCGUUCAAGAAGUGCAAAGCGAACAGCUAAAAAGAGAAAGACAUCUACAGUCAGCCGCAGUCAGAGCAAGAAACGGAAAACAGUUAAAAAGAGAAAGGCAUCGGCAUCUGCAGCCAGACGCAGACAGACCAAGAGACGGAAAACAGCUGCGGACAUAUUUGGUUAAAAUCAUGAAUCUCGUACAUUCCAAAUCGCAAGAAUGCACAAAAAGCGAACUCGAUCUAUUCUCUGUGCCCCCAACACAAAUCAGUUUAGAAAAAGGACACUGGGUAGAUCAUCAACCCGUUUCCAGUGUAGCCGAUGGUGGUGUCGUUACGUUCCUGUCUCCGGGCACUGAAGAUUAUGUGGACCUUGCUAGAACGAUUCUUGUGGUGAGAGCGAAAGUGACAAAACCCGAUGGCACGAAUCUCGGAGCAGCCGAAAAGGUAUGGUGUUUUUCAUAUUGAAUACACCGUUUUCAAAUAUUAAUUUCCUUCUAAUCCGUUUAAGGUUGGAGUGGUGAACAAUUUCCUCCACAGCCUGUUCAAACAGGUGGAUGUCUUUUUGAAAGGGAAACAGGUCACUCAGGCUACCGGAACCUAUGCGUACCGUGCUUACUUGGAAACCCUUCUGAACUACGGUCCCUCUGCAAAAGAUUCACAGCUCACAGCUGCGUUGUAUUACAAAGACACUGCAGGAAAAAUGGAUGUCGCGGAUCCUACGGUGGCAGGUGGUAAUGGCAACGCUGGUCUCAGAGCAAGAUACGUUUUCAGCAAAGCAAGUGGAACUGUUGAAAUGACUGGCCCCAUAUUCAGCGACAUAUUCAUGUCCGAACGUCUCCUGUUGAGCUACGUGGAUCUAAAAGUUAUUUUAAAUCGAAGCAGCGACGAGUUCUGUUUGAUGGCCUCCGAAGACGAUGCCGAUUUCCGCGUGAAACUUACUGAUGCUUAUCUCAAGAUACGUAAAGUGAAAAUCAAUCCUAGCAUUUCCGUGGCUCAUGAAAUAGCUCUGAAAAAGGGACCUGCUAUCUAUCCUAUCCGUCGCGUCGAAUGCAAGAGCUUCAUCGUUCCCGCUGGAAAUCCCUCCCUAAGGAAGGAUAACCUUUUCAAUGGACUGGUGCCAAAAACAGUUGUCUUUGGUAUGGUCGAAAGCGACGCGUUCAAUGGUGCAUUAAAAAAGAAUCCGUACAACUUCCAACAUUUCAGCGUGUCCUCCAUUGGAAUAACCGUCAACGGAGAAGAAAUGCCAUUUAAACCCUUGCAGCUGUCCUAUGGCGCAGCACCUAAAUACAUCGAAGCAUUUACCACACUGUUCUCUGGUACGGGAAAAAUGUAUCACAACACAGGAAACGAUAUAUCCCGAGAGGAAUUUCCAGAAGGUUACGCCGUGUACGCCUUUGAUUUAACACCGGACAUGUGUGGAGCCUCUCCUCAUUUUAACGCUGUGCAGAAAGGGAAUUUGGCCAUUGAUAUCCAGUUUUCCGCAGCGCCUGCAAAUGCUGCGAGUCUCGUAUGCUACGGAGAGUUUGAGAAUACUGUGCACAUUGAUUCCGAAAGAAACGUUGUCUACGAUUAUUCUGGAUGA